CAACUUCAGUCGGCCUCAGUGGCGCGUGUUCUCACCAGAACAGUGCCUCCGCGGCGCUGCGGCGGCGCCCGAAAGGCCGAUCCGACCCGGCAGCCCCCCGGAGCGUGCAUCCAAGCGUCCGCCACCGCCGGCUCAGCCCCGGCUCGACAUGACUCUGGCCCGCGCGGGGUCGCCGACGGCGCCGAGUCGGCGCCAGAGGCACGCCCGGCGGUCGGAUGGUCGCCUCGAGCGCCGAGCGGCUGCCGCCACGGUCACUUACGCUCGAGUUGCGCCAGCGCUCGCACGACCGACGUUCUUCCUCCUCUGCGGCCUCGCUCGGGCCCGCUCGUCGACACGCGCAACCAGCAGACGCCCGUGUCGGAGCUUCUGUGCCGGCUUGGAGCUUCCAUCGCUGAUGGGGGCACGCCCGGCCCGGCACUCUCGCACACCGUGGAGCGCGGCACCGCGCGCGCUCACGCCGCCCACCUUUGCUGCCUGCGCAGGCUCUGUCCCGGCGGCCCACUCAUCGAGUACCUCACGGCUGCGCGGCGUCCGCACCACCGCGACCGGUUGCAAACAUCGCCCUCAACAUCCGCUUGCGCCUCACACGUCCGGGGGCAGUGUCGCGUGAGCCACAGCUUAGCACCGACGCCAGGCUCUUAGCUGUUAGCUCUACGUGUACGUGUGUGUGUGGUGGGGGGGGGAGGGCGGCGUAGUCAAAAGAAAAGCCUCAGUCGAGAGAGGCUAGUAGCCCCUUCGAGUGCGGGCUCCGCGCCCGUCUUGUCCUGGCAUAUAAGAGAGGCGAAUGGGACAGGGGUUGAAGGGGUACACGCUUGGUACCCGGCCGUUUUUCGCGUUUCUCU